AUGUUGCUGCUCGACACUGAUAUUGACAUCUUUGACAAAUCUGAUUUACUUAAAAACUUCCCAAGCGCUGCACCGAAGAGCGAAUACGAGAGCUACCGACUCCAAGACGACGCGACCUCAAGCUUGUAUCCCCCGUCCCCACCGGAGAUCAAGCCUAGCCGCGCCGAGCUCGCCAACAAUCUUCUGCAGCAGCUAGACAACAAAUGUAAACAAGAGACUAUCUUCCCGCCUUGGCUGGAGGAAAAGGUAGAUCUUCCUAUUUUUGAGAACAUUUCGCAAGUUGUGGAACGCGUAGAGCCACCGCCUCUAGUGUCAGUCCCAGUGCCGCACCAGGUUCUAGCGCCAACGGUUAACACAGUGCCGCAACCAACCGAAGAGCUUCUCAGGGAAUUCGAAACCGUAUUUGAUGCCGUAGAAUUGACUCACUUGACUCCGCCUCAGAGUCCUCCAGGCCCUGCAACUCAAUUACUCUUGAGUUACGCUCAACAAGCUCAGCACGCUUCAUUCGCUCCAACAAUUCCUCUUGUGCCAUCGCAAGAACCGUGGCCAGCCACAUCUGCCCCUGUACAAAUUCAACAGACGAUCUCCGAUUAUGAUUGCGGUUUUGCAGACGUAGAAGAGCUUCUACGGAACCGCGCUGCACAGUUACUAUCUCCCCAACACUCUGGCGGAAGUGAAAGUGUGUCACCUCAAUCCUCUCCUCCGUCAUCGCCACGUUCUUCAUGCACCGACGACGAGUGGUCGGCGCCCUGUCGCUCUAAACCGUACUCCCGCUCAUCGGACGACCGUCGUUCUCGAAAAAAGGAGCAAAACAAAAAUGCUGCGACUCGUUACCGACAAAAGAAGAAGGCUCAGGUUGAAGUUCUUCUUACGGAGGAGCAAACGAUGCGUCAGCGAAACUCAGACCUUAACGACAAGUGUUCCGACCUACAGCGCGAAAUCCGCUAUCUUAAAGGACUGAUGCGUGACCUGUUCAAAGCCAAGGGUCUUAUCAAGUAA